AGACAACACAGCCGACAUCGGGACUUGCGGCACCAAUCGAGUGGCCGUGACACAGGGCAAGUGGUUCUUCACGGGGAGAAGAAGAAGAAGUGGUUGGUCUGGCAAAGCGAUUCCAUAAGUCUCUAGCCGCCAUUGACAUCCUCGUCGAUUUUCGCAAUGAGCAACGAUAGAAGCAUUAUCGUUGACGUGCCUUCAGGACAUCAACCAAAUGAUAAGGGACAUUGCAGUCUCUGGACAAGCCGUCCGUCGAAGAAGACAUUCCUGCCACUCACCAUAGGGGCUGCGUUAUGUGCACUAACACCCAUCGUCUUCCUCUCGCAACCACAGGUGAUUAUUCCUAUCCCACAGCAAUGGAGGAGACCCAUGUCCUUCUACAGCGUCGAUAAUUAUACCGGCUUCAGUUCGUACGUGGUGCCAAACAUCGUCCACUACGUGCGAUUCGGACAGCCGAACGUCUCUUUCCUGGAAGCCGUCAACAUGCGAUCUGCGUACAUCAACCACGCACCGGACCAAAUCGUAGUGCAUUGCGACGUGUGCCAGCUAAGCGGACCGUAUAGCUAUAUGAUCCGCGAUAUACCGGUCAUAAAAUUUAACAAACGGCUCCAACCAAAGUUUGUUUUUGGACUCAAGGUGAACUGGAUUCAGCACGCCUCGGAUAUUGCUCGUCUCCAGAUUCUGCUGAGGUACGGGGGCAUAUACUUGGACAACGACUGCAUAGUCAUCCAACCUAUGCACCAAUUUCGGCACUUUGAGAUGUCGCUAGGCCUGCCACGGAAAGAGUACAUGGGAACCAUGGUGUUGAUGGCCGCCCCCGGUGCACGAUUCCUUCGGCUAUACCAGCAACUUUACCGCGAGUACAACUGGAGCUUGUGGUAUUACAACGCCGGAGACCUGCCCACCAUGCGCGUGCUGUGGCCUCAUCCCCACCUUGUUCACCAAGUCCCUGUCCUCUUUGGUGUGCAAAGGAACUUGCUGGCGAGGCUGUACAUGCCUGGUAGACAUACCGAAUGGAGGAGUUAUUUUGCGGUUCACACAUCCAUCCGCCACCGUUCUACGAACCAAGAUCCCUUGCAUCAUCAGAAGAUUGACCUGCAGAAUGUAAGGACGUACAACACAUCACUGGGGGAAAUGAUUCGUGAGGUUCUCUUUGGUACGUCCGCCUUUGUGAGCGCCACCGCCGCAGUGAAACCUGUAACCGAGCUUUACGCUGCGAAGCAUCCGGGGUCGAAACCAGGGUCGGCGAUACGAAGCAGUAUUGGAAGGAGUCGCCGUUAGGUGGACAGUGUGCAAAUACACGGUAGUAAAUAUUUAACGACGAGUAAGGAUGUGUACAGAAAAGUAAAACAAUAUAUUCUUAAAGGAGA